AUGGCUUUAGAAGAGCAAAGCAGAUUUGCAUUUGAUAUUGAUCUUGAUGCUCCUAAAGUUAGAGUUCCUCUCAGAACUACUGGUUCGGACAGAUGUGAUAGUCAUUUUAUUCUGGAUUUUGGUCACUUUACACUGCACACUGCAGAAAGCCAGUCUGAUGAGAAGAGGCAGAAUCUUUAUUCUCGGUUUUACAUAUCUGGAAGAGAUAUAGCUGCCUUUUUUACAGACUGUGGGUCUGAUUUCGGGAGUUGUAGUAUGUUGAAACCAAACUUUGACAGUCAAAUAAUGAGUUCACCUAUUGGCAACAAAGAUGAAAAUAUGUGUUAUCUCAUUGAUAGGUGUGGAAUGGCUGUACUUGUUAAUCAGAUUAAAGUGCCCCAUCCAAGUUAUCCAUCCACUCUUAUUUCCAUUCAAGUGCCAAACCUUGGCAUUCACUUUUCAUCAGAGAGAAAUUUCAGAAUUAUGGAGCUGCUGAGCUUAUUGUAUGAGACUAUGGGAACUUGUAGUCAGCCUACAACUGAUAGUUUGCAAUCUAAACCUGUUCCUUGGAGUCCUUCUGAUCUUGCCACUGAGGGUAGAAUUCUAGUUUGGAAGGGAAUUGGCAAUUCUGUUGCUACAUGGAGUCCUUGUUUCCUGGUGCUUUCAGGAUCAUAUCUUUAUGUAUUUGAAUCUGCAAAGUCUCAGAGUUAUCAGCGAUAUCUAAGCAUGGCUGGUAGGCAAGUCCUUGAUGUGCCCUCUACGUAUAUUGGUGGUUCUGCAUUCUGUAUUGCUUUAAGCACCAAGCGAAUGGACAUUCAGAAGACUCAUUUGAAUCAAGAGUAUACAAUACUCCAGUAUCCCUUGCAAUCUCAAGAGGGAAGUGAUGCAAAGAAGUCACUUACUUUUAGGGAUGGCAAUUAA